AUGGAGAGAAUAACAGAGAAUGGAUCAGAUAGUAGUUGUGCCACGACGACAGCACCCCUCUCAGCAACUCCAAUCCAUCAGGUUUAUGUGAAUGAUCAAUUUCUGAAUUGGGAUCCAGAACACAGAAUCAAAGUCCGAAUAGUAUCUGCAAGAGCUUAUCAUUCCCUAUUUAUGCACAAUAUGUGCAUCCGACCCACUCCUAAAGAGCUAGAGGAAUUUGGAACUCCAGACUUCACUAUAUACAAUGCAGGACUGUUCCCUUGUAAUCGUUACACACACUACAUGACUUCAUCAACUAGUAUUGACAUCAACAUUGCAAGGAAAGAAAUGGUCAUCCUUGGCACACAAUAUGCUGGGGAAAUGAAAAAAGGUCUCUUUGGUUUAAUGCACUACCUCAUGCCCAAGCGCUAUAUUCUCUCCCUGCAUUCCGGGUCCAAUAUGGGCAAAGAUGGCGAUGUUGCACUCUUUUUUGGAUUAUCAGGUACUGGAAAGACAACUCUUUCUACCUAUCAGAACCGGUAUUUAAUUGGAGAUGAUGAGCAUUGCUGGAGUGAAAAUGGGGUGUCAAAUAUUGAAGGAGGUUGCUAUGCAAAAUGUGUUGAUCUUUCAAAGGAUAAAGAACCAGACAUCUGGAAUGCCAUCAAAUUUGGGACAGUACUCGAAAAUGUUGUUUUUGACGAGCAUACCCGAGAGGUAGAUUUCUCGGACAAAUCUGUGACUGAGAACACUCGUGCAGCAUAUCCUAUUGAGUACAUACCCAAUGCUAAGAUACCGUGUGUUGCUCCCCAUGCAAAGAAUGUCAUCCUACUAGCUUGUGAUGCAUUUGGGGUGCUCCCCCCAGUAAGCAAGCUGAACUUGGCCCAAACAAUGUACCAUUUCAUCAGUGGCUACACAGCCCUGGUUGCAGGGACAGAGGAUGGUAUAAAAGAACCACAGGCUACAUUCUCUGCUUGUUUCGGGGCAGCAUUUAUAAUGAUGCCCCCUACCAAAUAUGCAGCAAUGCUGGCCGAAAAGAUGCAGAAGCACGGGGCUACUGGAUGGCUUGUCAAUACUGGCUGGUCAGGAGGAAGUCAUGGAUUAGGCAAUCGAAUUAAGUUAGCGUAUACUAGGAAAAUCAUUGAUGCUAUUCAGUCUGACAAGAAGACCUACCAAGAUACACUCUUGAAACUAGCAAGCCUAUUCAAGAAGAAUUUUGAUGGAUUCACGACCUACAAGAUAGGAGGGGAUCAAAAGUUGACUGAAGAGAUUGUCUCUGCUGGUCCUAUAUUCUGAUGAGAGCACUUCCAAUUUAGCGAAACAAAAAUGAAGUUCAAAAGCAUUUGGUGAUUACUUCUACUUAAAGGUUUUCACUGUAUUUAGCUUGCUUGACUAUAAGACGAUCCCCUUAUUAUUGACAAGUUCGACAAUACGUAAAUCUGUUAAUUUGCCAGUGUUUAAUGAUUGAGAAUUUCGGACU